AAAGCUUCCUCAAUUCCUUCAACUCACGGCAAAGCCUCUUCACCCAACGGCUCUUUGUCGACUAUAUUUAUCACAUCCCAUUGUUUCCAACUCGCCUCACUCCCAAACUCGACCAGAGUCACCCAAACCACGGAGUGUGCGCUCUGAUUUCGCCUCGUUCUCUCUCAUUCAACAUCAAAUUGACAAGUCUGUACCUCGCACAGCAUGUCAAAAGUCAAGGUGGCCGUCCGGGUUCGUCCUCUGAAUCACAGAGAACAUGAAGCACACAUGAAGUCAGUAGUCGACAUGAGAGGAAACCAAACGAUUCUCACUCAUCGCAAGUAUGUCAUUCACUUGUCAAUCACUCAUCACAUAUUACUGCUAAGUUGCUGCUUGUUUGAUAGAAAAGGGAGCAAGACAUUUGCAUAUGAUCAUUGCUUUUUGUCUACGGAUGAGGAUGAUCCUCGUUUUGCCGGUCAGGAGCAUGUGUUCGAGCAUCUUGGUGUGGAUGUGUUGGAUAAUGCAUUUGAAGGAUACAAUGCAUGCAUCUUUGCGUAUGGUCAGACAGGUUCUGGGAAGUCAUACACUAUGAUGGGUGGACCAGGUCAGAAGGGCGUAAUACCACGGCUUUGUGACAUUUUGUUUGAUCGAAUUCAAAAGAACGACGACUCAAGGUUGAAAUACACGGUUGAAGUGUCAUACAUGGAGAUAUACAAUGAGAGGGUACGAGACCUACUUGAUCCAAGAGGUGGCAAGAACGCUUUGAAAGUCAGAGAGCAUGCAAGUCUUGGUCCGUACGUUGAUGGACUCUCUAAGCUUGCUGUCAAGUCAUUUGGGGAUAUUGAUAGUCUUAUGUCAGAGGGAAAUAAGUCGCGGACUGUUGCAUCAACAAAUAUGAAUUCUGAGAGCAGUCGGUCGCAUGCGGUGUUUACAGUUAUUAUGACACAGACUAUGUUUGAUCCGUCUACGAUGGCUGGACAUGAGAAGGUCAGUCGGAUCAGUCUUGUUGACUUGGCCGGAAGUGAACGUUUAUCGAAGACUGGAGCUGAGGGAGAUCGACUCAAGGAGGGCAGCAAUAUCAACAGGUCGUUGACAACACUUGGGCUUGUCAUAUCUUCCUUAGCUGAUCAGUCAUCAGGAAAGGCAAAGAAAAGCGGUUUUGUGCCAUAUAGGGAUUCCGUUUUGACAUGGCUUCUCAAGGACAGUCUUGGUGGCAACAGUAAGACUGUGAUGGUUGCUACCGUCAGUCCUGCAGAUGACAAUUACGAGGAGACGCUAUCGACCUUGAGAUACGCCGACAGAGCAAAACGGAUUGUCAAUCAUGCCAUCAUCAACGAAGAUCCAAAUGCAAAGGUUAUUCGUGAGUUACGUGAAGAGUUGGACCGUCUUCGAUCGUUGUUGACGGCAGGAACUCAAGGUGGAGUUUCUGUUGAUGAGCAGAAGGCUAUUGAUGAUAUGAGGGAAAAGUUGGCGAUCAGUGAGAGGCUAAUGGCAGAAAUGACUAUGACGUGGGAAGAGAAAUUGAGCCAAACAGAAAGGAUUCAUAAAGAGCGUCAUAAGGCAUUAGAAGAGAUGGGUAUUUCUAUUCAAGCAGGUGGCAUUGGCGUAGAGUCUGGAAAAUUCUAUCUUGUUAACCUCAAUGCUGAUCCAUCUCUCAAUGAACUACUUGUCUAUUAUCUUAGGGAUCACAACAGAGUUGGACGACCGGAUCCCAAUCGUCACUCAGAUAUUCAACUAAUGGGCUUAGGAAUUCUUCCAGAGCAUUGUUUCUUGGACAUAGAAGAGCGAGAUCUGUUUAUCACACCCGCAGCACCAAAUGCCCGUACCUUUGUAAAUGGCCAUCCUGUGACUGAGAAGACAUUGUUAUAUCAAGGAGAUAGGAUAUUGUGGGGUAACAACCAUUUCUUUCGUGUCAGCUGUGAUAGAAAGAGAGAAUCAACGACAAACGGCGAAGAGACGACUCAACUGGUCGACUAUGAUUUUGCAAGGAAAGAGAUUGCAAUGUAUUCUGGCGAUGUGGACAGUGUUGUGAAGUCACUGGAGGAGAAGCACACAGCUGACAAACAGGGUGCACUUAAUGAACAAAAGGCAAUGUAUGAGAAGAAGCUUGCAGAACUGAGAGACCAGAUGUCAUCCCAACAAUCAUCUAUUGCUGUACGAGAUUCCAUCUCACCAGAAACUACACUGUCUGCCAUUGAGAGAGGAAGCAAAUCAGAUCUCUUGAAUGAUGAUGACGAUGAGCAAUACAGCCAAGAGGAAAUCUCUAGGUUAAAAGACUCGAUCAUUUGUGCCAUGGAGCUAGUGAGAGAAGCCAACAUCUUAGCAGAAGAAAUGCACAAACUAGUGAAAUUCAAAGUGUCACUUCAGAUUCCCAAGGGAUGUUUGUCUCCUCGACGACGUGGCCAUCCGCGUUUGCAGGCACCAAAUGAGGUCGUCGUUGCAGUGAACUACGACAAUAACAAGACGAGGAAUACGGUGUGGUCGGUGAUGAAGUUGGAGGACAAGCUUGUUGAUAUGAGAGAGAGAUAUCAGAGACUGCAAGAUGGAGCGCUUCUGGAUGAACUCGACGCAGUUGAUCCUUUCUUUGACUUGGAAAGUCACACUCUGAUUGGAGUUGCAAACGUGUUUCUAGAAUGCCUACAUCACGACGUCUAUCUUGAAUAUUCACCUCCAAUCAUAGAUCCACGAGGAGAAGUGUGUGGAAGGCUGAAGGUUGGAAUCAAACGUGUGCAGUUUCCAGUGGAAGGAGCAGUGUUUGAACCAAUUGAUAAGCCGUGUGGAGAUGGUAAUGCCGAGGAAGGAAAUGUCUGCAGUGUAGAGAUAUCAAUUAUAGAAACGACCGGCUUGCCACCAGAGCUCAACAACUUCGUCUUCUGUCAGUUCAAUUUUUAUGAUCAAGAAAAUGUUGUCGUUGCUCCCGUGAGAGCACCUACCGGAUUAUCACAUAUUCAGAGCAAGAAAGUUGUCUUUGAUUAUCGACAGGUGUUUUGUGUUCCUGUUACUGAUGAGUUUGUUGAUUACAUUGCGUAUGGUUGUUUGAGCAUUGAAGUGUUUGGGCAUCGUAGUGUUGGAUUUGGUGGAGGUUCAUCUGUGCCUGAUGUGCCAUGCAGCAGGCAUGCAUCUAGGACACUUGGCGAGAGAUGGCAUGAAAUUUUGCGUCGUUUCGAAAUGUUCGUCGAGGUGAUGGAGAUCGACGAAGCAGGCCAAUAUACUCCAGUUGAUGUCGUUGAGCGUCAAGACAACAGAACGGGUGGAAUCUUUCUGCUCAAGCAGGGACAGGCUCGGCGUAUUAAGGUUUUGAUCAGCUCUGUGAAAGGGUCUGGGUUUGGGCCUGUUGCGUUUGAACGUAUUACGAAGAUAGGGAUUGGAGCGGUGAUAUUUCAGAAUAAAUUGGCGAUAUCACUGGACAGUUAUAUGGACUCUGGACUUUACAAGUUGAGAAGAAGAUGGUCAGAGGCUUUGAUGAGACGACGUGCGUACCUUGAUGAGCAGAUACACAAAACUAUUGACAAAUCAGAUCGAUCUAAAGAAGACACUGAGCGGGAGUCGGCUUGGAUUGACGAGUGGACAAAUUUGCAGUUGGAACGAUCGGCUGUUGAGUCACCCCAACGAGGAUCAGGAGUUCCAGGAGCCGUAUCUGCUAGAGACAAGCAUUUGAGACCAGAAAUGGAGAAGAAGAUUUGCACCGUAUUUCUAGAUCUACAAAAUGAGCUGCAAGACGUUGCAGAUUACACAGUGGUGGGUGAAGAGUGGCUGUUGGAUGGUGAAGAUGACAACAGCAUGCUUGACCUACCGAUUAUAAAGAUGGAUGAGAAACAGGUAUCAGCAGUUGCUUCAUGGGACUCAUCAGCACACGAUAACGUACACCUAAACAAAGCCACAAGUGACAAAGAUCGAAUCUACAUGGUUCUAAAGGUUACUGUCCAAAUGAGUCACCCUGUCAGCUGUCAGCUUGUUCUUCGCAAACGCAUUUGCAUGAAGAUUUACAAGAAAUCCGGGUUUGGCUUGGGUACGACGAUCUUGAAGAAAAUCGGGAAACUGGACAAACGAUCUCGAUGUGGUAUUGUUUAUGAGAUUGCUGCCGGCAUUCCAAAGCAAGCAGGCAUGGAUCGUCCUGCUUCUCCUGAUCCAGAGCGAAUGUUAGCUGCUGUUGAAGAUCAAGCCGAAGGCGAGGUGUUGGAGCGCUACUCUCACGGCGUGGCAUCCGUGCAGAGUAUUUUAUCAUUGGACAAACUGAGACAGGAAGUUGCAGUGAAGGAGAAGUUAGCAGAAUUGGGUCGACCUCUCAAGAAGUUGCCACUUCCUAUUCCACCCAAAGUAUUAGUGUCUCUCAGCAGAGCUGACUCUGGCAUGUUGGAUACGGUAGCUAUUGGUGAUGACAUUGAGGAUGAUACUGUGAGAACGCCGAGUGAGGCACGAUCUCGUGGAGUUUCUCCCGGUCGUUUAGCAUCAGCACUUUCAUCACUAGACGAAGUGUCAGAAACUAGCCAUGAUAAAGUUGAGUCAUCGUUAUUGAAUGUCUCAGUAGUGACAGAAACAAUAGCAGAGAUUGGAGACGAACACCAAGAAACGGUUGAUGAAAUUAGGCGAGAUCAACGCUUGUUCUCUCCAGAAAUAAAAAUAUUACCAUGUCCUGAAAGCAACGAUUAUCAGAGGACUUCAACUCCUUUAGUCAAAGCAUUUGAUGUUACUGAAAUGACUGAGGAGUGUGGGAGUGAACUGAUAGUAGCAAACGAGGACAACAGAUGUAACGAGUUGGAGAAACAGAGCAAUGAAGAAGAGCCCAUUGAUGUUGUGACGUCACACGUUGCAGCGACCUCACACUUUGAACCAAUGCACGAGGAGCAGGUUUCUCAUGACAAGGCAGUUAGUGAAGAUGCUGGAGAGCAGAGUGAAGCUUCAGUGAGAAACCCGGUGGAAAGUAAUAAUUCAACUCUCAUUGAUGUUGCAGCAAAAUCAGAUCUUCAUGUAGAUGAGUUGAAAAGUGGAUCUUUUGAGGCACCAAUGGAAUUGAAAGACGUUUUCCAACCUUUUCCAGUUGAGUGUCAGCACCCUGUAGUUCCUGUUUCAGUUUGUGAAAAUACAUCAGACAAGUCUGAAAUUGAGUGUACUGCCUUAGAAGCUCAAAUCAGUCAGUCUGCUUCACUUGCCGUUCAACUUGAGAGUAAUUCUUGUGAGAUUGAGACAAUUCAGUUGAAGGGUAAUCAACCUCAAGACAGUCAGUUUGAUAGGCUAGUGGACACUCAAUCUUCACCUCAGUUGAGCAUUAUUCCUUGUCAGUCAACUGUUUCUUCAGAAACUGAUGACAGUCAAGCUCUUGUUUCCUUUAGACCAUUUGAAUCUGAGGGUCAGUCUAGUCAUCCAACUACUGAUCAAGAGAACUCUACAAUACGUAAUGAGGAAGCUACAUAUUCAGAAGAGCCAGUAAAAAGUUAUGAUGUAGAAAGUGAAUAUAAAAGUCUUCAACAAGUAAAGAUUAUUGAAGAACAGCCGUCCUCACCAAAGAACGAAAUCUGCAAUGAUAAUCACUUACCAUUGCCAAAUGAUGUCACAGAUCGACAAAAUGAAUGUUUACCUAAUCAAGUCAUAGAUAAUACAGAUGAACACGUGACAGUGCAAUCUGAAACUAUUGACAAUGAAAAUAUUGUGAAGAUAUCAGGAGAAGAGAAAGAGCAUCAAGGCAUGGAUGCUGCUGCAGUAGAACAUGUUGUGACUGCACACACUGAUGAUACUUUAGAGAGUAAUUCUAAAGAAGAAGCAGCUAAUGUUAUUGUGAAGACAAAGUCUAAUGGUGAAGUGUUAGAAAUGGAAGAUACCACCAAUCAUGACAUUGAGGAAGAAUGUGUGCAGGGAAGUGAUCAUUGGAAUGACAGCAGAACAUCAGCUGCUGUGGAACCAUUAGAGAGCAAACUAGAAGUCACUAGCAUGCAUGGUGAUAGAGGUGAAGACAAGACUCGUGAUGUACACGCUUCUCAUGUUCAGAGUGUUUGUGAGAAGCAGGUGGAUGAGAAAGCAGAGCCACUUGCUGUUGAAAAUAAAGAAGAAAAAACAGUUGCAGUGGAGUCCUCCAAACAGACCUGUAAACAAGUCAAAGUACAACCAACUUCUGUAGUAAACAAAAGGAGAGCAACGAUCGAGUCAGUGCAGAAAACAGCUGACGCUUUAUUUGAACAUUCCUUGCAACGCUCAGGAGGAUCACUUUCUAGAACCAAAAAACACGAGAAAGCGAAAAGUUUUGAUCACAAACAGACAGCUCUGAAACAGAAAAUGUCCAGUAAUGAUACAACACGGAAUGAGAAGGGUAAGAAUAUUGCUGCAGGAGAAGUCACAAAAGAAAAACACGAGAAACUGUUGAGCACAACAGGACACAGGAAUGCAGGUCUGAAAUGGCAGAAAACUAGGGAUGAAGGAGAUCGAAGUGGAAGUGAAAAAAGUGAUAUGGAAACAAGUGUAACCAAGGGCAGCAAUGAAUCUCUGAAGUCUCUGCCAACUGAGACUAGAGAUGUCAGGAUAACGAGAGAAUUGCAAGGUGCACGAGCAGAGACACUGAGUGAAGCUUCUGACUCAAGCUCAGUUGCUAGUUCAACAGACUUACUUGAUGAGGUUGCUUCACAGAGGCACGUGUCAGACACGCCCACCAUUAAUUCUGCUGUCUUUCCUGAAGCUGCUCCCAGACCAACAGUCACAGUUGGGGAAGUGGUAAUGGCUGAUUUGGGAAAGCAAGGAUACAAAAUGGGUGUCGUCAAGUUUGUGGGCGAGACAGAAUUUCAACCAGGAGAAUGGAUUGGAAUUCAACUAGACAGGCCUAAUGGUAAACACAACGGCUCCGUGUUGGGUGUCUCUUACUUCAAAUGCAAACCCAAACAUGGAGUUUUCGUUCGUAUGGACAAGAUAAUAAAAGCGCCCGAUCUGUCAUCACCUAAACCUGGUGGCGUUACUUUAUCAUCGACAACAACGUCACAGCGCAGUCCAGCAACGACCAGAAGACUCAGCACGUCUAGUCGACAGAAUUCAAGAGCCGCUGCUGCUCCUUACAAAUACAAACGAAGCGGUUUGAAGUGACUGAUGUCUAGAAUCUAACUUAUCUUACUUGUUUUAUAACUAUUUUCUGAUCUAUGUACAUUUAAAUAACAGAUUAAAGUGUUUUAAGUAGA